UUGCGCGCGCAUGUGUACAGAGCUGCCAAAAUCUCAUCAUUCAAAUAACUUCGCUCCAAAGAAAAGACUGUUCGUCUCGCUAGGAGAGGAUUAAACUCCUAAAAUGGCGCCACUUUUGCAGAAGAAUCACCCACUAUGAUGCUUGAAUAUACAUUUAAUUGGCAACUUUUGUGAGAUUUUCUAAAAAGGAGCGUAAACCCGAGACUUGGUGCGGUUUGUGGUCUCGGAGCACAACACAUGAUCCGCCGAAAUAGAAAACUGUAACUAAAACCGUUAGGCUUUUGAAGGAUUUGGAGAGGGUUUUACCCCGUCUGGUGUCUCCUAAAACAUGACUGCUGUAGGGGACUUCUUGGCUAACCCACUUGUUACUUGGGUAAAUACCUUCAAGAAUGGAAAGUUCAUCGAAUCAGUCUCUGAAUUCGCUGAUGGAGUGUUCCUUAAUGAAGUUAUGGUGGAAAUCGAUCCAACGUAUUUCACGUUGACACGAAUUCACCAUAACGUUGAAGGAGAUCUGAAUAUUCGAAUCCAAAAUCUCGAUGCAUUGGUGAGGCAUCUGAAAGCGUAUUAUCAAGAGAAACUGCAGCAGUUAAUAUUAUUACGAGCUCCAGAUGUGGUGACUAUCGCACAUGAUCCAGAGAGUGAUGUUAGCCUUCAAGAACUUAUAAAAAUCUUGCUACUGAUGCUUGGAUGUGCAGUCCAGAGUGAGAAAAAAGAAGACUUUAUAGAAAAGAUAAAAGAGCUAGACUUCGAAGUACAAAAGAAUUUAGUUGAUUGUAUAAAAGAGAUUACAGAGAAACCUAGUAAUGUUCUUACAUUUCGAGUAAAUGAAUUAGUGGAGUCCCCAUUAGAGCAUAUUGUUGAGUAUGUAGAGAAUAUGUUUUACCAAAUGGGCCAGAUAGUGGAAGACAGAGAUGACUUGGUUGCAAUGGUUACCCACCUUGCAUUUGAAAAAGAUGCAUUGAUGCAAGAAAGACAGAAUAUGAAAUCUCCCAGGCCAUUUUCCCCACCACCAUCUGUAGUACAGCAAAAUGCCAAAGAGUCCCCUUCAAUAUCUGCUACAAAAGAGAAGAUCAGACUUCUGACAGAGGAGAUAGAAGAGAAAAAUGUUGUGAUGCAAGAACUGCGAGAUGAGUUGAUUUCCAACAAGAAACUUGUGGAGAAGUUGCGACAAGAGAACAAGCAACUGUCACAGGACGCCAGAUGGGUGAAGGCAUACAGAGAUGAGAUGGACAUGCUCAAGUCAAAGGCCGACAGAGUGGAGAAGCUCGAAGCAGAUGCCUCAAAGUACAAGGACAAGCUGAGAGAUCUUGAGUACUUGAGAAAGAGAUCAGAGGAACUCAAGGAAGAGAACGAGCUGUUAUACGAUAACAAACUGGUGUUGGAACAGCAACUUCUGGGACUGUCUGCUAAAGAGGAACGCAUAGAGAUUCUUGAAGAAGAGAACAAGAAGCUGAAGGGGCACAUCCAUCACAUCGCUGAGGAGAGGCAGAUAGACCAGGCUAAGGUGAAAGAAGUCAUGGAAGAAAAUGCACAGCUCGUUAUUGACAAACAGGAGAGUUUGGCAGAACUCUUUUCCCUGAACGCUGAACUCGAGGUUCUCAGAGGAAAAAGCUCAGGCGGUCCUGCCAGCCUUGCUAGUGAAUGUAACGAGUCGAGCUCCAUGGACGUUCUGAGACUUUCUCAGCAAAAUCAGCACUUGAAGAAAUCUUUAGAAGACUUGCGUGGCUCUAGCGCGAGACUGAUCGAUUUGGAGCGGGAAAAUAGAAGUCUACAUGACAAGCUUUUACAGGAGAAGUCAAGCACACAUCGCUUCAAUGAAGAUCUUGCCAAAUACAAGACGAAGUGCAAGUCCCAGGCCUCUGAGAUAGAGAAGCUGAACCGCGCGGUCCACUUGCUGCGCGAGGAGCUGCACGUGUCGUCAUCCGAGGUGCUCAACCUGUCUGGGGAGCUCAAGGAGCGAGGGGAAGUCAUCGCUGGCCUCGAGCAGACUAAUUACAGCCAAGCGUCGAAGAUCAGUGAACACAGCGAAGACGUGGUGGUGAAGCAAGAGAACGUCGCCGCGCUGACGAAAGCGGUGGUAAGCAAGGAACAGCAGCUGUUGAACCUGGACCAGAAGAACAAGGAGAAAGAGGUGGUCAUCCUCGAGAUGAACAAGCGCAUCCAGGAGAAGAAAGAAACCAUCACCAACAUGGAGAAGAACAUUAGCGACAAGGACAAGCAGCUACGCAGUUUACAAUCAAGGCUUGGGGAGUCCUCUAAAGACCACCAGAAGUCCGAAGAAACCGUUAAGAAACAGAAGAAGGAGAUCAUGGAGCUUGAAAACAGGCUUGAAGAUUUAAAUCAACAAAAGAAAAAAUCCGAGGAACAAGUAAAAAAAAAGCAAGAAGAGAUCGAGCAGCUACUGAAACGUGUGGAGGAGACUCGCCACCAGGGCGACAGGGUUGAUGACAAACUACGGAAGAAGGAGAAGGAAGUCUACGAGUUGAAAAACAGACUGGAAGUUGCCAUCGACAACAACGAGAGACUUGGCGAAGAAAUCAAAGCCAAGGAUGCCAAGAUGCACGCACUGCAAAAACGGGUGGACGAGUUGAACAAGACGCUGGAUGAGAACACGGAGUCCUGGGUGAAUGAUCUCCGCGAGAAGGACAAGCACAAUCGGCAGCUGCAGCGCAGUGUGGACAAGCUGAAUGAACUACUCGAAGAAGCUGAUAAGUUGAAAGACGUUGUCAGCCAAAAAGAUGAAAAGAUCGCUGUGCUCUCCACUAAUCAUGACUUCAAGGAGAAGCAACUCAGAGAAACGGAAAGUCGUCUUGAGGACUUUAAGAACGAGGUUAAAAAACUCCAGCAUACAAUAAAACUGAAAGACAAGAAAAUCGAUGGACUAGAAAGCAGCCUGUCUGAGACCGAGAAUACGAGUUUCGUGCAGAAGGAUGACCGCGUCACGGAGUUUAAAUGCACCUUGGAAGCCAGAGACAAUAGGAUCGUGGAACUGGAGAACAAGCUGGAGGAUCUAGAAAGCGCCAAUAACAAGUUGCACCACAGUCUCAAGUUCAAGGGGGAGAAGAUCUCUGACCUCGAGGGGCAAAUCGACGAGCUAGAAUCUUUGGCAGCGGAAAAGAACCGUCUCAGCCAAAGUUUGGAACAGAAGAUGAAAAAAAUCAUGGAGCUUGAGAACAGGGUAGAAGACUUGACAUGUGAAACUCAACGACUUCAAAACAGCGUGGAUCAAAAGGCCAAAAGAAUCCAAACACUGGAGGACAGGAUAAGUGAACUCGAGCAGUUAUUGGCAUCAUCUCAAGAACUCCUCGAGGACAUCCGACAGAAAGACGAGAAGAUAUCAACACUGAACCGAAUUGUACUGGAGCGGGAGGAGAAGCUAGCCGAGCUUGAACAUGGUUUGGAGGAUGUGCAGGCGCAUAAUCACAAGCUAAAUCACAGUGUCAAGAUCAAGGAUGAGAAGGCAGCUGCACUUGAGGGGAGAGUGGAAGAAUUAGAGUGCGCUGUCGAGGAGAGCCAAAAGCUUCACCAAGCCAUUCAACAGAAGGAUGACAAGCUAAAGACUCUUGAAGACAGGUUGGAUGAGUUAGAGGAUGUUUGUUCCGAGAAUGAAAAGUUGUCCAAGAAUAACAAGCAAAAAGACGAAAAGAUUCAACGAUUACAAGAGAGACUUGACGAAGUACAAGACGCCGUCAACAUGAAUGCGAACCUGAACAAAUCACUGAAGAACCGCGACGAAAAGAUUAAGGCCCUUGGGAAGAGGAUUUUGGAGAUGGAGGCCGAGGCUGAGACGAAAGAGAAAGAGCAAAUGAAGCUUGCUCAAUCAAACUACACGAGAAUACGGGACCUGGAAUCACGUCUGGAUCAAGUGACGAACAUCAAAGUGCAGCGACAAAACAGUGUCAAACGAAGGGAAGAUAAAAUCGUAGACUUGGAGACUAGAAAGACGAAGCUUGAAGAGUAUGUCCAAGAGAAGGAAGGAAAGAUACACGACUUGCAGAGCAGGUUGGACGGAUCUGUUAACCGGUUUAGAAGGCUGGACAUGACGAUAGGAGAGAAAGACAUGAAGAUUGCAGAGCUAGAAGCUAAACUAAUCGAGAGUCAGGAAGUUGCGCGUGAGAGUCGUCGACUGACGCAGAUCCUUAAAACCAAAGACGCCAGGCUUACGCAGAUCGAGAACACCUACCACGAGCUGGAGUCGAAAUCUUCCAAACUCGAGAAGGAAGGGACGGAGAAAGACGAGAAAAUCGAGGGUUUGCAGAAGAGACUCGAAGAAACCCUGAACCUGAACAACAAGCUGGACCAGUCAGUGCGGAAGAAAGAGGAAAAUAUUCGGACGCUGGAGAAAACCUUGCAGUCCAACGAAAAAAGGGAGGAAGAGUUGGAACUUCUGCUGGAAACUCGUACAGAGAAGUUAUCUGAGUGCAAGAAGAGGCUGCUGGAUUUAGAGGAAAUUAUCGAAUCUAAGGAUGAUGAAAUUGAACAACUUCAAAAAAGGUUUGAUGACAUGAAGAAUGCUACUUCAGCUGACGGCAAAAGAACCAUUGCUCUUAAAGAAAAAGACAUCGAGAUUCAGAAGCUCCAGGAAAAGUUGGAAGGUGUGUCGAAAGCUUCUGAACAGUCAAAAACGCAUGCGCAAAAACUUGAGUCCUUGAACAAAGAACAGGAAAAUAAACUGGUGGACGCGCAAUCAAGACUGGAGGAAAGUGAAGCUGAGGGUAGAAAGACGGCCCACCUACUUAAGCUAAAGGAACAAAAGAUUGAAUCUCUCGAGAAAAAGGUGGAAGAGCUGGAGCUGAAUCAAGAUGACCAUGCGCAGUCGCAGAGCACUGCUCUUAGGAAGACCGAGACAAAGAUUUCGAUUCUAACACAGAGCACGAAAAAGCAAGAGAAAGACAUCAUCGACCUCGAGACAAAGCUUGACGAAGCUGCCGUCCAGAUCAACAAGUUAAAUCGUGUGGUGGAGCAGAAGCAUGACAGAAUACAGACCCUCAAGUCGAGGCUCGAGGAAGCAGUGCACCAGAACAACAAAGUGUCACACGCGAUUGAGCUUAAGGACGAGAAAAUACAGACACUCGAGAAAAGGUUGGAGGAAUCAUCUAAACAGCAAAUGCAAUUGCGAGAGGAGGCUGGGGCUAGAGGUCACGAGAGGUCCACCGAGAGAACAGGUCAACCGAGGAAAGGAGGCUCCUCACAGACCAUCAUCUUCAAACCUGCUGAUACAUCAAGGAAUGACCGUAAGACAGUAGAAAUGCUGUCUGUGGCCGAUAAAAGGAUAGCUGACCUCAAUGACGAAAUUCGAAUGCUAGAAAAACAAAAUGCUAUCGUCGCUACUCAGAACGAGUCCAUGUCUGCUCGUAAUGCUCAGCUUGAGAUCGAGAACGAGUCACUGAAAAGCGAGGUGAACACAAUGAAGACUGACCUGAGCUCUAUGCACUCAGACAUGAAGGAGGCCAGAGAUUACUACCACCAACUAGACCUUUCCGCUGCCACCAUGGGCCAUAGAUGCGAGAUGCUUGGCCAGCUCAAUGCCACUCUUGAGGAAGAGAACAAGGCGCUCCAUGAUAAGGUCACCUGGCUGAUAGGGCAGAAUCAAGAUCUGAUGGUAAAGUCCUUGGAAGAUAAAGAUCAGUUUAUGGAAGAAGAGAGAUUGUUCUCAGAUAAGUUGUACAACUUGCAAAGGACAAAGAAGAAGUUGGAGGAGCAGAUUGACCUCGCCAACAAGGCUCUCAUGGAGGCGACUCCAAAGAAAAAGCCAAAUUUCUUCAAGAAAGUUCUUCAGAAAGCAGGGAUCAAGAAGAAAAAGGAUGCGAAGAACCCUGUCCAUCUGUUACGUCACGAACAGUUACCCGACGAUGUAGACAGCAGCACAAUGGGCUGCGAUCACCAUGACGACAGCGUGACGUCAUUGCAGAUACCUUUCUCCGCUCACCGCUUUGACAACUCCAGCGUUGCAUCUCGGGAAAGCUCCACGUCUGGUGACUCCAGCAGAGGCCUUGGGCCACGCGCCAACCAAUCAGAAGUCUUGCUAAGACGACCACGUGAUCCAGCUGCCAUUUCUCCGGUGGCAAGCACCUCUGCAUUGAUGAGUCCGCAGGAGAUUGAAAUCAUGAAGAACCGGAAGACUAGUCACGACGUUUCGGCGUUCCGCGCACGCCAAGUACGCUCCGAGGUCUUCCAGGAUAACUUCCGCCUUGGAAAGCUCUCGAGGCCGAAGAGUAUGGACGCGCUAGACCGACUCGGCGGUGGGCGUGUCAGCGACACUAACCUUUCCUCGAGUAGCGCGGCCACGUUUGACGGGGUGCAACCUUCUGCCGGAUCACACGUGAGAUAUGAUACAAGUCCUAGCCUCACGCCCAUGUCUGCCCGCCGGGGUGGUCCAGUCCAAACUAGCAGUCCGCAGACCUCGCCUAUCCUCUCACGUCGGCAGGAUGUAAGGUCGAGUUCGCAUACAGCACCCAGCAGGGGUCGUUCGGACUCCCCGCCCACGCCUGAAGGUAGAGGCGCGCCGCCUCCGUACCCUGGGUACUCUUCAACCCCUGUGCGGGACCAGCGGUCUUCGCCUCCUUUGACGGCUACUCCUCCGAGGUCUCGGCGAAACAGUUUCUCGAGUGCUGUAUCAGGUUCGCCUGCCACCCAAGAAGAAGAGCGCGCGACCCACCCCUCCCUGGAUAGGACUACCUCCUCGGAUUCUAGAACAUCUGAUCAAGUUAGAUCUGAUUUGAGAGGAGACCCGCGAUACGAUUCUAGACGGAGAUCAGACGUUCGAAGCCCAGAGAGACCUUCAAGCGCUCGUAACUCGGACACGAAGGCCACAGAUCAAGAGUGGAAAGAAGUUCGAUCACCGGAUGCCAGGGACGCACGAGGCAACUUUGUUAGAGAUUCUGGAAUUCGUGUAUCAUACUCGCGUCUGCCGGAAUCGGCAAAUGAUCGGGUCCGUCCGUCGUCUGCUCGGGACCGGAGCGAUAGUCAGGGCAAAGAGUUGGUAUUCGCUGUAUCUGGGGUAACCACACCUAGGACGCCAAGAGACGUCAGUGCGUCAGUACAAGGAAAAAUCGAAUCUCCCACGAUCUUGCGAGAUGAGUCCAGAAUUAAUAACGCGAGAGUACGUCCGUCAUCAGCGGGCCCUUAUAGGACUCCUAAACACGCCGCACCACCAGUGCCCCCCAGGCGAGCCACGCCCGAGAAUGAGCGACCACCAGCCGAUCCUCGCUUCACAAAUCGGGUGUUACCCGAAGAGGGACAGGAAGUGAUGAUUGACGUUACCGGAUGUGACGUCAGUGCGAUUCCCGUGUCCACGCCUUCCACUGUCCAGUCUCCUACAAGUAGAGUGCAACACGUAUCCACGACUCCAAAUGGAGUUGAUAUGCGACGUGGGUCCCCUUUGGAUAGUCCGAGCUCUCGAACGAACGAUUCUCGAUCCAUCGACGCGUGGAACUUAGCGGUCCACUCUCCUCAAGGGCGUACUGAGUCUUCCGACGAGAAUCGGAAUGAUACGAACUAUUUCGAGACAGUUUCGGUAAAGCCGAGACCCGAUGUGAAAUCGCCGGAGGGAACAAGAAGUGUAGGGGAUAGCCCUGUGAGGACGAAUGUGCGCGCGCGGCUUGUAGAAAUUGAACACAACAAGCCCUCAACCGUCCAACGCGCAACGCCACCCGCGAAUAACGGGACACCACGGGACGAUGACGUCAUGUCAGUAAAGUCAACCGGAAGUAGCAAGUCGUCAAGCUCUAGGAGACGUAGACCACGAGAGCAAGAGAUUUUCAUCGGCCCUCCUACCGGAAUGACUUCGGAUUCGUCCGUAGCAAGUUCAAGGGGACGUCGGGAUGGCGAUGGGCGUUCGAAGUCCAAGGCACCGCCUCGAGCUCCAGGUCAAGGACAGGCGAAGGGUUCGCCUCUUUGGUACGAAUACGGCUGUGUCUAAUACACAUGCGCCAAAACCGGCAAACUUAUAUAUACUUAUAUAUAUAUAUAUAUUAGGCUCAUUUGGGCACUAAAUUUUUUUAGUGUGAGUAUCAUAUUUGUACAUAGUGUGUUGGAGAUUAGACACUUUAUACUCAGGAGACCUUGUGAUAACUCUGUAAACAGCACUGAAGACAUUUUUCAUUUCACCUUCCUUUUUCACCUUUCUUUGUGUCAUCUCAAGAAAAAGUCCAUGUUUGAAUGCGGGGCGGGCGUUGACCAGCUGGGGGGGGGGGGGGGGGCAAUGCACGUAGAAAUCACGUGACUUUUUGAGUAGCAAACUCGCGCCUAAAUAAACGCUGAAAUGGCUGCGUCGGUUGCCGGAGAGCGACAAAAAGAAAUGAAAUCUUUAAAUAAACGAAUCCUGGCAUAGAAACGUUCUGGCUGAUUGGUAAGGGCUGAAUAUUUAGCUUUUUGUUAUUAUUUUGCCGCCAAAAGCCGGAGCGCGCGCAUGUUUGCCACCAACAUGUUACGCGAUUUUUCAGGGCUAGUCGCCCAUGUAUAGACCAUUUUUCCCACAUGUCUAACAAGAGACAGGACUGCACAAGGAACCGAGGAAAAGAAUAUGUGUAGUGUCGCACCAUGGCUAUUCGUGCGAUAAUGGUGCGACAUCGUGCGAUUAUGGUGGGACAUAGUGCGAUUUUGGUGUGUCUGAUAUACAUGCUUUUCUGAAUAAUCCUGUAAUCAGUUGUACAUAAGAAUUAUUUAGACCGUAUUUAUGGUACAUAGUGUAUAGACUAUCGUUAUUGUUACUUUAUCGUUAUCGUCAGGCUGCGUCAAUGGUACGACGAAUGGUAGUCGUAGAUUUGUUUGCCUUUGCGUUUAAUUUAUUAGAGAUGCAUAGCCAUUGAAAUAGUAGAUCAAGGUAUUGUUAGAACCACAGGGUUCCCAAGUCGCUGAGAUACACCUCUGGGCACGUCUGUAUUAGAGAGAUGUAUAGCCAUAUAUAGAAAGAGUAAAGCAAGUUGUUAUUAGAACCACAGGGUUCCCAAGUGGCUAGGAUAACACCUCUGGGCACGUCUGUAUUAGAGAGAUGUAUAGCCAUAUAUAGAAAAAGUAAAGCAAGUUGUUAUUAGAACCACAGGGUUCCCAAGUGGCUAGGAUAACACCUCUGGGCACGUCUGUAUUAGAGAGAUGUAUAGCCAUAUAUAGAAAGAGUAAAGCAAGUUGUUAUUAGAACCACAGGGUUCCCAAGUGGCUAGGAUAACACCUCUGGGACACGUCUGUAUGAUUUGGGAUUCCUGUGAUGUUAUUUUAUCGAGUGGUUUUGUAAAUGUGAAAUUUAUUUUCUCGAAGUAAUUUAUUUAUACUUUGAAAUAGAAUUAAUAUAUGUGUGAUCACCGAGGUAUCGCAGUAGAAUGAUAGCAUUGCAUGUGUUGUGUGCAGUUUUCAGUUUCGUACAUAAAAAUCCCUUUUUUAUAAAUGUUUGAUUAGAAGUCUUUGCUAAUGUUAAACAUCCUUUUAUACAAUUGUACUUAAAAAUUGAACUAUAACAACGCAUUUCUUAAUGUUUGUGAAUUCUACAGUUGCAUUUGAUAAAUAAAUGUUGCCAGACAAAGUCA